AUGUUUCUCACAUUAAUGAUGUGGAGACCUGGAGUGUUAUGUUUAACUUCAUGGAUCACAGCAGGAAUUGCAGUUCUGUCUUUAACCUUCUUCCAGUCAGCAGACUCCGGGUCGGACUGUGGGCUUGGCAAGAGGUGCGUUGGACAGAGUGAUGAAAACUUUAGCAGCUGGUAUAUGUGGUUCCUGGUGUUGUUUUUCCUGGCCCUGCUCCUGUCCUGCGGGAUCUGCUGCUCCCUGCAGUGCUGGCUGAAGUGGCGGAGCUGCCUCCCCCGACGCACCGUGGCUGUCUUUGCCCUCAGCAGCUCAGAUGCCUUUUGUGCUACUGAAGCACCUCCGUGCCCAUUCUCCGGAUCCCUGAGCUCCUGCAGGACUGCAGAGAUUUCCUCUUCUCCUGCCCCUUGCUUCAGCCUCGGGGGAACCGAAUUGCCUCCAUCUUAUGAGGAAGUUAUGAAGGAAAACAAGCUCUAGACACCACAUGCUGGCUUUCAGGGAUCCUACUUGGUUCAUCAGAGGUCUUCCAUCGUGCCAAAGGAGUGCAAGAUCAAAUCAGCCUUUUCCACAGGUUGGCUGAGACUGAAAAGCAGCACAAAUUUCAUACGAACCUGAAAGAUGAGACUAAAUGCAACAGAAUAAAUGCCAAAAGUAUGUGUUGAAUCUGUCA